CACAGGUCCUGCGGCCUUAGGCCUCAUUGCCCAACAGGCAGCUGGGGGCGGGCCGCGGCCGCUGAUUAAAGGCCGCCUGGAGCAGCCUGUGUGGAGACAGGUGCCCAGCAGCCCAGGAAGCCGGCCAGCACCCGCCCAGCUUUAGGCUUCGCUGUCCCUGUGAGCGCGUCACCAUGUCCGAGGCGCCCCGGGCCGAGACUUUCGUCUUCCUGGAUCUGGAAGCCACUGGGCUCCCCAAUAUAGAUCCCGAGGUGGCCGAGAUCUCCCUGUUUGCGGUGCACCGCUCGUCCCUGGAGAACCCGGACCGCGACGAGUCCGGGGCCCCCGUGGUGCCCCGGGUCCUGGACAAGCUGACGCUGUGCAUGAGUCCGGAGCGCCCGUUCACCGCCAAGGCCAGCGAGAUCACCGGCCUGAGCAGCGACAGCCUGGCGCGGUGCCGGAAGGCCGGCUUCGACCACGCCGUGGUGCGGACGCUGCAGGCCUUCCUGAGCCGCCAGGAGGGCCCCGUCUGCCUCGUGGCCCACAACGGCUUCGAUUACGACUUCCCGCUGCUGUGCACGGAGCUGCGGCGCCUGGGCGCCCACCUGCCCCCGGACACCACGUGCCUCGAUACGCUGCCCGCGCUGCGGAGCCUGGACCGCGCCCACAGCCACGGCACCCGGGCCCAGGGCUGCAAGGGCUACAGCCUGGGCAGCCUGUUCCGCCGCUACUUCCGGGCAGAGCCCAGUGCAGCCCACUCGGCCGAGGGCGACGUGCACACCCUGCUCAUGGUCUUCCUGCACCGCGCCGCUGAGCUGCUGGGCUGGGCAGACGAGCGGGCCCGAAGCUGGGCCCACAUCGAGCCCAUGUAUGUGCCACCUGAUGGCUCGAGUGUUGAAGCCUGAGUGCCAGGGACUGGGUGAUGCCACCACCCUGGGGGGGGGGCGGGACGGGGGAUGAAGCCCACUCCCAGCACCGUGGGCGGCCCCGGUUUGACCCUUCAGUCAGGCUCUGCGGUCCUGGAGCUGGCACCGGACCAGUGCCCCGCGGCCCCUGCCCCUGCCCCCUUAGCCAGCUAGCCCCGGGCCCGUGCACCUGCUAGGCCUUCUCCUGGCCCUGGCCGUCUCACCUUGUAGCCCUAGAGCUUUCUCCCAGCUCCAUCCCGGGACUGUGCUCUAGUGGUUUGCUGCUGCAAGCUUCCACCCUUCACUCGGCCUCACAAUAAAUUUAUUAUCAACGGCUACUCACCCGCUGAGUUUCCAAUUGACCCGUCCACCCUGCCCAGAGGGGGCAGACAGGGAGCCAGGCCGGAGCGGAGCCCCUGGGGCUGUCCCCUUGUGACCUCUGCUGGCGGUGAGCCCGGUGGGUGGGUGAGUGGCCGUUGCUCACCAGCUGGGCCGAGGUGACAGGCGGAGGGCUGUGGGUCCGAGCCUCGGCCCUCCUCCGUCACUGGUCUGCUGUAGCCUCGGUUAUCGUACCCUCCCUGCGUUGUCAUCCCAGAGGCCCCGAAAAUUGGUGAGCAGGGCCUUAGGGACAUCUCCCUGGACGCGGAAUCACCUGGGAGGGAGUUGGAAGAGAGCCGCCAGGCAGCUCUGGCCUUUUCGGCUCAGAGUGCUGUGCGUUCAGAGCUGUCCGUCUGUCUAGGUGCACGGCCUGCCGACCCUGGGCCACUCCUUCCUCUCCUGAGCACCUGGCCCUGCUCUGCAAGGUGGCAACAGGCUGAAAGGAGGCGGGCACGCAGUGCAGGACAGCUCCUGCCGUGCUCAGGGCGGUGGGGGAUGUGGGUGCGUCCCCCUUCGCACACGGGCGCACACGGAAAGGGCCUCAUGUGGGCCAGUCCUCGCCCAGGAGGAGCCACUAGUGCACGCGGGCUGGGGGUGCCUGGGGUGUGGGGCUGGCUCGGUGAGGAAGGACCUUGCGCCGGGCCCUGUGUCCCGUGUGGCUUGGCCUGAGGAGGGCCAGGAGGCUGCUGUGUGGGGAAGGCAGCUUCGCUGUCUCUGCUCGGCAUUGGGGAGCCAGUAACCUGCCUCUGGGGCCCCGCCUGUGUCACCAAACAAUGGGGCAAGGCAGGGCGGGAUGUCUAGAAGACAG